AGCGUCAGCUUUCAGUUUCGUUUCCCGCUGCCGUCUCCUUCCCGCGGGAGCCGCCAGGCCAGCCGGCGAUCCGACGGGCAGCGCGCUCCCGUCCCCGCCGCCGCGGCCAUGGCCCAGGUCUCCGCCGUCCGCGAGGUAACCCAGGUGCUGUGCGCGGCCGGGGGCGCCUUGGAGGUGGAGGAGCUGCGGCGCCGCUUGCGGGAGCCCGUCGGCGCGGACGCCCUGGAGCGCCUGCUGCGGGUGCACCCGCACUUCAUGGUGGCGUCGCGGGCGGCCGAGGGCGGCGCGGCGGCGGCCAGACGGGUGGCGCUGGCCGUCUCGGACCUGCGCCUCUGCCGCGACCACCAGGGCACCAAGGCCACCUGCGUGGGGCUCUGCUCGCAGCUGCACCUCUGCAAGUUCAUGGUCUACGGCGCCUGCCAUUUCGCGAGGGCCGGGAAGAACUGUAAGAACGGUCACACCUUGACAAGUGAUCACAACCUGAGUGUGCUUAAAACUCAUGGCGUCGACCACCUCAGCUACAGUGAGCUCUCCCAGCUGUUGUUCCAGAACGACCCCUGGCUCUUGCCGGAGAUCUGCUUUCACUACAACAAAGGAGAUGGACGCUAUGGCUCUUGUUCCUUUAAGAAGCAAUGUAUCAAACUCCAUGUCUGCCAGUAUUUUUUACAGGGUGAAUGCAGGUUUGGCACCAGCUGUAAGAGAGCCCAUGAUUUCUCUAGUUCUGAGACUCUGGAAAAAUUGGAGAAGUUGGGCAUGAGCUCAGGCCUGGUGAGCAGGCUGCCUUCCAUUUAUAGAAAUGCUCAUGACAUCAAGAAUAAGGGCUCCACGUCUGCCAGAGGGGCCCUCCCUGCCCCUGGGCCUUCGGAAAGAAGAGACAGUUCAGGUUCUGUGUCCCCAACUACUACUAACGAAGAGGAGAAUGACGAGAUCUGUUUGUACCAUAUCCGGAAAAGUUGUAGCUUUCAAGAUAAGUGCAAUAAAGUUCAUUUCCAUUUACCAUAUCGAUGGCAAUUCUUGGAUGGAGGCAAAUGGAAGGAUUUGGACAAAAUGGAGCUUAUUGAAGAGGCAUAUUGCAAUCCCAAAAAAGAAAGGAUCCUCUGUGCUGAGUCCGCCACCUUUCACUUUGAUUCUCUGAACUUUCAGUCAAUGACAUUUGGUGCUGCCCGGGCUCGCCGCCUCUCCACAGCCUCCUCAGUCACCAAACCUCCACACUUCAUCCUUACCACCGAGUGGAUUUGGUACUGGAACGAUGACUUUGGUUCUUGGCAGGAAUAUGGAAAACAAGGCGUGGAACACCCCAUGGCCACUGUCAGCAGCAGCGACCUGGAGAAGGCCUACCUGGAGUACCUUGGAUCAGGGUCUGGCACCCAGCCAGCCAUUUUGAAGUUCCAGGCUGGAAAGCACAAGUACGAGUUAGACUUCCAAGCCUUCACUCAGAAGAACGUGAUCUAUGGCACAGUCAGAAAGGUUUAUCGGAGACCCAAACACAUGUCUCCCGAGGACGUGAAGAUGAAGCAAACCUGCGGUGUCAAGCUUCAAGGCCCAAAGAGCAUCCCCGACCAUUGGGACACCUCGGCCCUGCCGGACAUUGGCUUUAAGAGGAUAUCCCUCGAUUCGUCCUCAGAAGAAUAUAAAAAGGUCUGUGAUCUCUUUAAUCAUACGCUGCCCUUCUACUGUGUCGAGAAGAUUGAGCGAAUCCAGAACCUGGCUCUCUGGGAGGUCUACCAGUGGCAAAAAGGGCAGAUGCAGAAGGGAAAUGGAGGGAAGACGGUGGAUGAAAGGCAGCUGUUCCAUGGUACCAGUGCCAGUUUUGUCGAUGCCAUCUGCCAGCAGAACUUUGAUUGGCGGAUCUGUGGUCUUCAUGGUACUUCCUACGGCAAAGGGAGCUACUUUGCCCGAGAUGCCGCGUAUUCCCACCACUACAGCAAGUCCGACUCGAAGCUGCACUUGAUGUUCCUGGCUCGGGUGCUGGUGGGCAGUUUCGUCCGAGGCAACGCCUCCUUCGUCCGCCCGCCGGCCAAGGAGGGCCAGAGCAAUGCCUUCUACGACAGCUGCGUGAACAGCAUGUCCGACCCUUCCAUCUUCGUGGUCUUCGAGAAGCACCAGGUCUACCCGGAGUACGUCAUCCAGUACCGCACCUCUGGCCAGUCUGCGGCCGGGGCCUCCACCCUGUUCAGCUUGGCAUCCUUCUUUGGCCUCCGGCAGUGAGCACGAGGAUGGUUUUUACGCCUUUUUAGGCUUGUCUUCUUUUGGGAAAGAGUUGUGGUUUUUUUUGUUUUGUUUUUUUGUUUUGUUUUGUUUUAACAAAAAGCUUUUCAUAAACUGUUUAACGUUGACUUCUCGAUGAAGUUACAUUCUUAAUCUCUCAUUAACAGUACUUUUCGGUUUUAAGUCAAUUUAGGCUCGAUAGUGGGCUAACCAGUGGUGAUUGUAGGUGAGCCCAUUACUGCUUUUUACUAAGGUGUUAAGUUUUAUUUUAUAUUCUCUGUUGACUUUGCUGGUGAUUGGCACCAGGCACAGUUUCCAGAUAGUAUUUUAUGGAUUGGUUUUAAUUUUUAAGAAUUUCUGUCUCUCCAUUGCUUUGGUUUUUUAGGGUCUCGGUGGGAUUUUGUUUUAUUUUUGUCAGAAUGACACAGUAGCCCAUGGUCCAGGAAAACCUAUCGGGGCCCAGCGAGGCACCGUCAUUGGGUCUGUUGCUCUGGCGGUAAUCCAGGCAGCUCUUCUGCUGCUUCUCCUGCACUUCUGGCCAUGGAAUUGGUCCAUUUAUAUCCCAUUGUCAGACAAGUGGCUGCUGUGGGCUGUCAUUGAGUCCCUGCCUGUUUCCCUUUGUCACGCGCCCGGCCCUGAAUGCCUGUCCCUGCAUCUCCUAAGCACACUGGACAGCCUCUGAAUAUGUGUUUUAUGUUCCCAUGAGAUUUGAAUACCUGUGCUGCAAAUGUCACAAUAGAGUAUGGAAAUAAAAGAAUAUUUAUCUCAAGUGGGUGACAGCUGAAGCCCAUUCUUCACUGUCUGUGUAUUGAGCACUUUUCUGGGUGUCGGGCUAUAACAGAGCUCCCGUUACUGGCCCCGGUGGGGGGCGGGGCUGUGUGUGGAUUUAUCACGAGCUGAAGGUUCAGGGCCGCUCGCUUGCUGGGGCCCUUUCCACAGCCAUAGGAGGGGCCACUGCUAGGUGGCCACAUAGUCAUAUAUUUUAGUUAAAUCUUCAAAAGUUACAUAUUUGUAUUUUUUUCUUUCCCCCACUCGUAAGUUCCAAGCCCCACAAAGGUAAGAAUCAUUGUUGAGCAGACUGUCGUGGACCUGCAGGGGAUGGUAUGUCCUGUGUGCCACACAGCAGGUGAUGGAGUCUGCUGGGCACUGGCUCUGGCGCCGGGUAGAGGGCCUGGCAGAGUGCCUCCAUGUCGUGAGGCAGCCUGACCCCUCACAGGUGCUGUACCUGUUGGCCUGUGGGGUUCGUCUUCAGUAACAGGCUUCUCUUCUCACCUGCACCCUCCCUCCUGCCCUCCCCGCCCCCAUCUUCCUAAUACGACACG